AUGGACGAGUGGAUCGAAACCGGAACAGGAAACCGGAUCUCUCGAAAUGCCACCAUCGCCGGUUCUGACCGCAUUUCCAUUUCCGGAAACUGCACCAUUUCGAAGGGCUGUGUCCUAAACGGGGAUGUGAACACCAAAUCAAAAGACCCAUCCAUAGUUUUGGGGAAGUACGGUUUCUUCUCCGAAAACACGAGAGUCGAGCCGCCUGUGGCAAAGAAAAACGGCGACACCCCAAUGCAUUCCAAUGUCGUGAUUGGAAACUACACCUUCUUUGGCCUGUCCACAGUAAUCCGGCUGGCGCAAGUGGGGAACCGCGUUUAUGUGGGCUCCAACUGCCAAUUGGGAGAAAUGAGUGUCAUCAACGACUGUUGUGUAAUCUCAGACGGGACCGUGAUACCUCCAAAGUCUGUGAUUCCUCCUUACAGUGAGGUAAGUGGCGUUCCGGGAAAGGACUAUGACAUUGCAGAGCUCAACGGAGGGUAUAGAAAAGUGCUAGAGACAGAUGCUCGAAUCCGCCAUGUCCUUGGCGAAUAA